UCUAUGAUUGUCUGAAAACCCCGAUGACUUGCUUAGUUUUGAUUUCAUUUCAUUUAAUAAAUGAUAAAAUAAGCUAAUUAAAAGGACUUAAUUAUUUUAGUGGUAUUGUCUAGUUUUUACAGUGUUAUUUAAUUAAAAUGUCGGUCAAUAAGGAGGAUACGAUGCGGCAAUUUUGCGAUGUUACCGGCGCCGAUGAAAACCGAAGUAGAUUCUUUUUAGAAUCUUCUAAUUGGCAGCUAGAGGUUGCUUUAUCAAGUUUUUAUGAGCAUGGAGGGAAUGUAGAUGAGGCACCAAGUGCAGCACCAGCCGUCGCCUCACUCCCUCCAAUGUCAGACAGUGACAUGGAUUCUCCUCCACGAUCGCCAGCUCGGCCACAAAAGAAAGAUAAAAAGAAAGGGAAUCAACACUUUGCUACAUUAGAUUCAUUGCAACAAGAAAGCUCCAGCGAUGAAGAGGAAGGCCAAGCCUUCUAUGCUGGAGGUUCAGAAAGAUCUGGGCAACAGAUUAUUGGUCCAGGAAAAGGUCGCAAGGAUAUUGUCACAGAAAUGUUUAAGAGUGUUAGAGAACGCGGAGCAGUUGUGUUCGAUGACGAGCCCUCCUCGACGAGCCGAGGUCGCGGUGGCGUAUUCGGCGGAGUUGGCUACAGACUAGGUCAGACAGCAGAUGACCACGAACAAGUUACGCCAGGAAACACACAGCAAUCGGGCACUCAACCUCGCUCGGUUCGUUUGAGGCUAUACCGUGAAGGUUUCUCAGUGGACGGAGGUCCUCUGCGACAUUACUCAGAUCCUGAAAAUGCUGAAUUUCUUAGCUGUAUACGUCGAGGAGAGAUCCCGUCGGAGCUGUCGGGCGGCGGCGCGGGCGGCGCGGGGGGCGAGGUGCGGCUCAGCCUGGAGGACCGGCGCCACGAGGAGUGCCCGCGCACGCGCUCCGCGCACAUGCCCUUCUCGGGGAAGGGGCAUCUGCUGGGGAGCCCCACUCCGGCCACAGUGGGCGCCACCGUGGCGGUCGCCGCCACCAGCGACGACCGCGCCGCCAACCAGCGCGCCGCGCAGGACGCCGUGCAGCUCGACGAGAGCGGACCCGUCACCACCGUGCAGUUCCGUCUAGCUGACGGCAGCCGACUGACGGGAAGGUUCAACCACUCGCACACGGUGGGCGACCUCAUGCAGUACGUGUCGCGUGCGGAGCCCGCCUACCAGCUGCAGGCCUUCGCCCUCUUGACCACCUUCCCCAGCGCAGAACUCUCCGACCGAGCGCUCACGUUGGCGGACGGCAAGUUGCUUAACACCACUCUGCUGCAGCGACUUAAAUAAUCCCAACUUUUGUAAAAUAUUUCCGAAUAUAAUAAAUACGUAUUUAAAUUA